AAAAAAGAAAGAAAGAAAGGAGAAGGUCAGAUUGCUACUUUCUGAGCAAACAAAAAGGAAUUAAUAAAUAAGGCAAAUCUGGGAUUUGUUUUUUGAAUCCGCCAUCGGAAGAUCCCUUCCUUCCUUUUUUUUUUUUUUUUUUUUUACAACCCCAAACAAACAAACAACAAAGAAAGAAGAAUCACUUUAUCCUUCUCCUCAAAACACACUCGUGUGGUCAGAUUGCUCUUCUUCGUCGACUUCUCUCUCUCUCUCUCUCACAUAUUUAGAGGUAAGAGGUCGUCGUCUUUGAUCUUUUUAUUUAUUUUUUGAAAACAAAAAAGGAAAAGUUUUUGAUGGGAGGAGGGAAUUCGAAAGAAGAGUCGCCAUCUCCAUCUUCAUCAUCAUCAUCAUGGGCUUCUCAUCAAAGUUACACUCAAUCUGGCCCUGGUAGCUACAACUAUCCUCCUCCACCCACUUACAAUUCUCCCGCUCCUGCUCCUUCUCCUGCUCCCAGUUUUAGCCAUCAUUUUCAGCAGCCUUAUACAUCAUAUAGUCAAGAGGGGUAUCCUUCACAGCCUUAUAGUAAUCCUCCUCCACAGAGUGCUGAUAGUGAUAGGAAGAAAUUUGAUCGGAGGUAUUCCAAAAUAUCCGAUAAUUACUCUUCUUUAGCUCAGGUGUCUGAGGCUCUAGGGCGCGCAGGUCUUGAAUCUUCUAAUCUAAUCGUUGGUAUUGAUUUUACCAAGAGCAAUGAAUGGACAGGGGCCAACUCUUUCAAUAAGAAAAACUUGCAUCACUUAAGCAAUACCCCCAAUCCAUACGAACAAGCCAUCACUAUCGUUGGCCGAACCUUAGCCGCCUUUGACGAAGAUAACUUAAUUCCUUGUUAUGGUUUUGGAGACGCAUCAACUCAUGAUCAAGACGUGUUUAGUUUCUAUCCAGAGGGUAGAUUCUGUAAUGGAUUUGAGGAAGUAUUGGCUCGGUAUAGAGAAAUCGUGCCUCAGCUUAAGCUCGCAGGACCAACCUCUUUUGCCCCAAUCAUUGAAAUGGCAAUGACAGUGGUUGAGCAAAGUAGAGGCCAAUAUCAUGUGCUGGUGAUUAUAGCUGAUGGCCAGGUUACAAGAAGUGUCGAUACUGAACACGGGAAGCUAAGUCCGCAAGAACAGAAGACAGUUGACGCAAUUGUGAAAGCAAGUACGCUUCCUUUGUCAAUAGUCUUAGUCGGGGUUGGAGACGGACCAUGGGACAUGAUGCAGGAAUUUGAUGACAACAUACCUGCCCGAGCCUUUGAUAACUUUCAAUUUGUGAACUUCACAGAGAUCAUGUCGAAGAACAAAGAGCAGUCUCGGAAGGAGACAGAAUUCGCGCUCUCUGCUCUCAUGGAGAUUCCUCCACAGUACAAAGCAACCAUAGAGCUUAACCUUUUAGGGGGAAGAAAUGGGAGUAUCCCAGAGAGAAUCCCACUUCCGCCACCGGUGCAGAGUGGAUCAUCGAUCUAUAAUACCCGGAUACCGAGUUUUGAACCGAGUGUACCUACUUAUCCAAUUAGCACUGGUGCAGACGAUAGCCAGCUAUGUCCGAUAUGUCUGAGCAACCCGAAAAACAUGGCGUUUGGUUGUGGGCAUCAGACUUGUUGUGAAUGCGGACCAGAUCUUAAAGUGUGUCCGAUUUGUCGUGCGCCGAUCCAGACCAGAAUUAAGCUCUACUAACAAGACACCAUUACCAUAGACCGUCCAGAACCAUUUCUCCCAGAGACUUGAGAUCUUUUUGUAAAAAGGAAUUGGAAAAAAAAAUAGUGUUCUUUUGUUCUUUGAUUAAAUUCCUAAACUUUGUUUUGUUCUUACAAUUUCUUUUUUGACUUCUUUAAGUUUCAUUGAUUCGAUUGUAAGAAUUAUGUAUCUAUCUCUAUUCUCUAUGUGGGCAUUCUUGGAAAUUUUCAAUA